UCUGCCUUGGCAUGCAUGGACAAUCGCUAACUGUCCAGGCACAUUUGACCUUAAACUCUUGCGAUGUAAUCACUCCAUUGGGCAGUGCCGGCAACCUAAUCCUCUCAUAGUUUAAGGCUUUAUUAAGCCUUGCAACUGGGGUUAUAUAAGCACCAUUCCUGCCAUCGCCGGGGGCAUUAGCCAUCGUCCAGGCGUCCAGUCCUCUCCCUUUCUUUCCCCAAGCCACCAGCUAGCUCAGCCAUACUCUCGGCGAGCCUGAAGCAGCCAUAGGAGCACAAGCCGAGCACAAAGCUAAAAAUGGGCAACAUGCUGCCAUGCCUGGUCCAACAAGCAGGCACAACAGGUGCUCUGCCGGCCAGCAUGAACCCCAAGCGGAGGCUCAUCUCACUCAAGCUCCUCAUGAAGGCCAUCCACAAGAUGAAGAAGAGGCCCGCCGGUCCCGGCAAGGCGGCGGCCAAGAUAGAUAGCAGCAAAUCGUCGUCGUCAGCGGCGGCGGAGGACGGGAAAGGAGGAGAAGUGCUUGAUGAGGCGAGAAGCAAGGCCGCCAGCCGCACCAACAAUCCCAAGGGUGCCGUGCUGAGGUCCAGGCUCCACGGCCGGAGAGGUGACCUGCAGGUCAAGAAAGGGAAUAAGGGCGUCGUGCGAGUGAAGGUGGUCCUGACCAAGGAGGAGGCCGCGCGGCUGCUGUCCCUGACCGUCGGCGGCCAGAAGCACACCGCCGCGCAGAUCGUGGCCGAGAUGAGGAAGAUGGAGGCCCGCCGCGCCGCCGCCAAUGCCGCAUGGCGCCCGGCGCUGGCCAGCAUCCCGGAGGAGUCGUCGUAGGGAAGACCGGCCGAUCGAUGAGCUCGUUUGUUAACAUAUACGUAGCUCUAUGCAUGCUUUCCUAGGCAGUCGUGCUCUGCUCCAUGCGUUCAUGAAAGCUCAGAAGCGGCCUUGAUCUCCGGUGCUGAUAGCAGGAGACUGGAGAGCAAGAGAAGGAGCUAGAAGAGACUUGGGUUGAGAGGCGAGGCGACGACGGCGUAUCGUACGCUCCCCCUCCCAUGCACGCGGCCGGCGCCGCCGGCGUAGAUCCUCGAUCGCCGUGCCGGUGUACAGCUAGCUUCCUUUUUUUAAAAAAGCUUUUGUGUGUGUUCUCUCUGUUACAGUAAUCGUCUCGAUCAGAGGCGCCUUUGUAGUGUCACACCACAACUAGCAAUGAAAGAAAUGGAAUGCAAAAGUUCAGCUCUUUCUCA